AUGGCGACAGCUAGAGUGAUCAUGCUAGGUACCAACCAUCCACACAUUUUCCACCGAUAUAAAUAUCUGCAACAAUCCCCCACCAUAACACUACUCGGUUACUACGAAAGCGACGAGGAAGUCGCACAGCGCAUGCAAGAACACGCAGGGUGCCCACGCUUCACAAAUGCCUCCACCCUGUUAUCUCUACCAUACGACGCCGCAAUCAUCCACGGCCGCGAUCACGAAAACGCCGCAUACAUUCGAAUGGCCCUGAACAGCGGAGCAAAGGGCAUAUUCGUCGAGAAGCCCGGAGUCGCACAGCCCGCAGAAUUCUACCAACUAGAAGCCGACAUCCGCCAGCGCGGAGGCAGCGUCGUGUUCGAAGUCGGCUGGGAGCUGCACUACCUGGAAACCGUGGAAUUUGCGCGAAAAGUUCUGCGCGAAGCUCUGCUUGGCUACAUCACGGGCGCGCGGUUCCACGGCGGUUGUCCAGGGGGCGCGGGGGCAGAGCCUUGGCAAUCUGAUCCACGGAACAUCGGCGGGUUCUUCUAUAGUCUUGGAGGCCAUGUGGUGGAGAUUGCGGUGGAUCUUUUUGGACUGCCGGUGCAGGUUGUUAGUUCGAUUCGGAAAUUGCCGGCGCAGGCUCCUCAUCGGGGGUUCUCGUGGGUGCCGGGUGUUUUUGAGGAGCGGGAGUUGAAUCCGUUGCAUGCGAUUGGGACGCUGGUUCAUGAGGAUUUGGCGUCGGCGAUUCUGGAGUAUGAGGGUUUUAAUGUGCAUUUGGACUUUUCGGCGUGGGAGGGGUGCAGGUAUUUGAAGGAUUGGAGCGUGGAGGUUUAUGGUGUUGAGGGUUCGUUGCGGCUGAAUGUUGAUGGGCCGGGAAGCUGUUUGUUGUUGAAGGAGAAAAAGGGAGACUGGGAGAUAGGCAGAAAUGAGCUGUUUUCGGAGAAGGAGGUAAAUUUGGCUGCUGCGUUUGAGAAGCAGAUGGAUUGCUUUUUCCAGAGAGUUGGGAGCGAGGGGGCUACGGAUGGGGAAUAUUGCGAUGAGGUGGUGGUACUUAAGUUACUCAAGCUUUACAAGGCCUUGUAUGAGUCGGCUCAGACUCGACAGUGGGUUUCUUUGCAAUGA